AAGUCAUUAAUUGAAAAAAAAACAUAUGAUACUUCACCGUAAUUUUUACAUCUGAAAAAAUUUGUCCGUUUUUACUGACUUACACAAUAAAUUUCUAUUGUUUUAUAACUUAUCUAUUUGAAAUAAUCAAGAUGGUUCGUGAUUUCAAAGCUCCCAUUAAUGUCUCCCCAUUAAUCAGAUUUGGUCGUUAUUCUUUACUCCUAGCUGGUAUUGGGUACGGAAUGACUAGACAUAGUUUUUUGCAAAGGAAAGAAGACAAAUCCAGAGAUGAACGUUAUAGGUUAAAAGCAGAAAGAGAUGCCAAAAUUGCUGAAGAAAAGAAAAACUUUGCUGCAGGUAUAUCAAUGUUAUAUCAUACAUUAAUUUUUUUAUAUUAAGGUUAACAUAUGUUU